GUUUUAUACUGUGAGCUUAUCAGAACACAAAUUUCGUUUCUGUGUCGAACGCUUCCAAAUCGCAGAGGCGACGAUCGAUCGCUCGAUCCGUCGAUCUCUCCUGUGGAAUUCCAUGGACUACGACGACUUACCCGACGAUCCUCCUCCGUCGUUCGACCGCAUGAAAAAUGUGGUCAAGGAUGCUGAAAUCAAAGGGUUCAACCCUGGAUUGAUUGUUUUGCUUGUUGUUGGUGGGCUACUGCUGAUAUUUCUUGUUGGAAAUUAUUUACUGUACAUGUAUGCCCAGAAGACCCUUGCUCCAAAGAAAAAGAAGCCCAUCUCCAAGAAGAAGAUGAAGAGGGAAAAACUUAAGCAAGGUGUUUCAGCACCAGGCGAAUAGGCAUUUCAGAUGGGCUGUUGUUCCCCUAUUUGAUGUUGAGCUGCUGUGUUCAAAUUCUCCUUGGAUGUUAGGUGACAUCAAUCAGGGGCCGGGUGAAUGGUUCUAGUGACUUUACUUUUAUCACAACAUACUCAAUAGAACUUAGUUUUCUUUCGAAUUAGAAAUGCCCCUGAUGAUCUACUAGCUGACUGAAAAGUAACAAUGCCGUUUGUUUUUUGGAUGCUAGUCUCUGUAAUUCAUCUGGCUGCACUACCUUUACCUUAUUUUUAUAAUUUUAAAAGCCAAGUGAUGAGGUAGAAUUCCGGGCAAAGAUAUAUUGGUUCACUUAAAAAGACUGCAAUAGCAGCAAAUUGGGUGCUGCAAGAAUUGUGCUCAAUAAUUCGCCCGCCUACUAUUUUUGCAACAAUUUUUCUUUUUUUGGGUGUCGUUGGAUGUUUUGAGAGAAGCAACCUCAUGUUGCGUGGAAAAGAUUGCAUUGGCUUGUGUGUUUAUUGCUGUAUUCGAACAAUGUCAUUGCUUACCUCAAUCAAGUGGUGCACGAGGAGAAU